CAAAAAAAAAAAAACUCAGUGACAAGGAUAUAAUAGUACUCACCUACUUACUAGAUCACUAAUUAUAUAAAGCCAGUCAUAACUGAUCAUAACACAUUAAUCUAUUACUACACAUCCAUAAUUAACAAUUACAAUGGAUUAUUACACAACAUUAUUUUUUAUUCUACUCCCUAUUUUCUUUGCUUUAUUGUACUUAUAUGUUUUUAAGCGCAAUCCAACAUUCACCACAAAUAAUAAUGCAAGGCUUCCUCCAGGGCCUAAACCAAUACCAAUCUUAGGAAACUUGCCUCAUCUUGGGGAUAAACCUCACCACUCCUUAGCUAAUCUAGCUAAAACCUAUGGCCCUUUAAUGUCUCUUAAAUUCGGAAGUAUAACAACUAUUGUUGUAUCUUCAUCUAUAGUAGCUAAAGAAAUGUUCCAAAAACAUGACCUUACACUCUCUAGUAGGCAUGUUUCCGCGGCGGUACGUGCAAAUGGGCACGAUAAAUUCUCCAUGGCAUGGUUGCCUGUUGGUCCGAAAUGGCGGGCUUUAAGAAAAAUUGCAACCAUCCAUUUGUUCUCCAGUCAAAGACUUGACUCAAGUCAAGCUCUUAGACGGGAGAAAGUGUCCAAACUUAUUGAUUAUGUUAAGGAAUGUUGUAAUGUAGGAGAAGCAAUUGAUGUUGGUGGAGUAGCAUUUACAACUUCGCUUAAUUUGUUGUCGAACACGUUCUUUUCGUUCGAUUUGGCUAGCUAUAAUUCUAGUGAUUCAGGGGAGUUUAAGGAGCUUGUUUGGAAGAUUAUGGAGGAAAUUGGAAAGCCGAAUUUGGCUGAUUGUUUUCCUAUGUUGAGAUUCUUAAGUGUGUUUAGUGUGAAUUACAAAGUUAUGGUUUAUGGGAAUAGAUUAAAUGAUGUUUUUGAGGAUAUUAUACAAAAUAGGUUGAUAAGUUCUAGUGCUGAUAAAAUUGGUGGUGAUGUUUUGGAUACCCUUCUUAGACUCAUGAAAGAGAAUGAAUCUGAGUUAAGUCUUGAUGAUAUUAAGCAUCUUCUCAUGGACUUCUUUACUGCAGGAACAGACACAACCUCAAGCACAUUAGAAUGGGCGAUGACAGAACUCCUACGCAACCCCGAAAAACUGGCAAAGGCUCAAGCUGAAUUGGAACAAGUGGUAGGCAAAAACAAGGUAGUUAAAGAAGCUGACAUCUCAAAGCUUCCUUACUUACAAGCCAUAAUAAAAGAGACAUUAAGAAUGCAUCCACCAACUGUGUUUCUACUACCACGCAAAGCAAAUAAUGAUGUUAAAUUAUAUGGCUAUAUUGUGCCUAAAAAUGCACAAAUAUUUGUUAACCUUUUAGCUAUUUCACGAGAUCCUACUCAUUGGAAAAAUCCAGAUUUGUUUUCACCUGAGAGAUUUUUCGAGCUCGAAAUCGAUCUGAAGGGACAUGAUUUUGGAUUCAUCCCUUUUGGAGCAGGAAGAAGAACAUGUCCUGGAGAUACAUUAGCAUUUCGAAUGUUGAAUCUUAUGUUGGGAAGUCUUCUUCAUUGUUUUAAUUGGAAGUUUCGAGAUGAUGAAGAUCUGGAUAUGAAUGAUAAGUUUGGGAUUACUAUACAAAAAGCCAAACCUCUCCAUGUUAUACCAAUCUCAAAACUCUAGGGCGCAAAUAAUAUGUAGAGAAGCAAUAAAGAUAUAGGCUUUGCUAAAUAAUCAUGAUGUUCUGUGUUCGUUUUGUUACUUGAAUACUUUCUCUGUCACAAAAUAAGCGACACAUUUCUCUGAAUAAGCUCUCACGUAAACGGAAAAAGUGUAUCACUUAUUUCGUACCAGAAAAAAAUA